UAGCGAGCUUCGUUGAGGAGGGAACAAGAACUGAAACAUUCAAAAACACGUGUGAAGUGUUUUUUCUUUUAACGUGGAUUUGUUGUAAGCACUGAAAAACCCAAGUUCAUUGUCUCAGGGAAAUGGCUUCAUUGAAACUGCCAGAGCUUGUUCCUUCUCCUACCCAAGACAGUGAAAGACUCAGAAAGGCUUUUCAAGGAUUUGGGACAGAUGAGAGAGCACUGAUACUGGUAUUGGGACACAGGAAUGCUCAACAGAGGAAGGAAAUUGCAGAAACUUAUAAGCAGCUUUACAAUGAAUCACUCAUUGAUCGUCUCCAUUCAGAAUUGUCUGGUGAUUUUAGAAAUGCUAUAAUUCUGUGGACUUAUGAGCCUCCAGAAAGGCACGCAAGACUAGCAAACAGUGCAUUGAAAGCUAAGAGAAAAGGGAUCAAACAGCUUCAGGUUCUGGUUGAAAUAACAUGUGCAUCAAAUCCUAACCAUUUGGUGGCUGUGAGGCAGGCUUAUUGCUCUCUCUUCGAUUCUUCACUCGAGGAGGACAUUAUUGCCAAUGUUGCUGCACCUCUCAAAAAGCUUUUAGUGAGCUUGGUAAGCUCAUAUAGAUAUGAUAAAGUUGCUGUAAAUUUGGAGGUUGCCAAGUCAGAAGCAUCAAAACUGCAUGAAGCUAUCAACAACAAAAAAUUGGAUGAUGAUCAUAUUGUGUGGACACUUAGCACCAGGAAUCUUUUCCAGCUUCGGGAAACUUUUGCAUGCUACAAAAACCUCUAUGGGAAUACAUUGGAACAGGGCAUAAAAAGUUGUGGUAAUGGUGAUUUGGAAACUCUCCUACAGCUGGUAAUAUUGUGUAUAGAUUCCCCUGAGAAACAUUUUGCAAAGGUUAUAAGAGAUUCAAUUGUUGGUUUUGGAACCGAUGAAGAUUCACUGAACAGAGCUAUCGUAACUCGAGCCGAAGUUGACUUGUUGAAAGUAAGAUUUGAAUAUUCUAACAUGUUCAAGUGCAGUCUUGAUGAUGAUGUUAUAGGGGAUACCUCAGGGGACUACAAAGAUUUUUUGAUGACUUUGUUAGGGAGAGGUCCAGAAGGAGAGUGAAACAUGCUUCUCUCUCGUCAUGCUAUUCUAGGAUUGCUUGUAAUCUGCAUUUGAUGGUCUAGACUCUGUACUCUUUGUUGUUUCAGAAUGAUCAGAAUUCAAGAUUGAAACUAAGACAAUUUAUCUGUUAUUCUGAAUUGAUUUUUGUCUAUAGUAAUUGUAGUUUGAUACUCCUAUGAAACUGAAAGAACUUGGUGUAUAGUGAAUAAGAUAGCAGUUGUUAUCUUGGUUAUAGCAGUCAAAUUUAUAAUAUCAUUUUAUGCAUGUAA